UUUCCCACUGCCACAACCACAGACGCACAGACCACUCGAACCUCGAACUCGAACACUCGAAGUCUCGAACAGUACGACUGUAUUUGAUUCAAUGCAGUGAAACACAAACGUGUAAUGGAUGAAGGUUUGGUCAGAAUCCGGUUGAAUUAUAGUUAUCUUCAUCAUAAUUUGUAAGCAAGUCAUUCAGUUUUAUGUUUCAAUUUAAGAAAUGUCCGGGUGUUUCAAAUAUUUGUGUUGCGGUUGUUAUGAAGAUUCGCCUUCCUACGGAAGACUAGACCAAUGCCCAGUUCACUUACCACAUAUUGGUUUAUUGGCGGAAAACUUCGUCGACGAUAUCAAAAUGAUGUGUUUUUCAGGUCCAAAAAUGCUAAUCAUUACGAAGUCGUAUGAAGUUUAUGGAUUAGGUCCACUGCCGGAUUCUGAAAUGUACGCGAAUAUUUUCGAACCAAGACGACUAAAUCAACUGGACGAGAAGAAGAUAAAAAAAUUCGUUUUCGGUGAAAAUUUCGUCUUAGCUUUGACAGAAAAAGGCGAAAUGUUCAGCUGGGGUGAAAAUAAUGAUUGUAGGUUAGGAUUCGGCCAUAGCAAAAAAAUAGGUGUACCGACCAUGAUCCCUCCAUUUGCGGAUAAAAGGGUGAUCGACGUUGCCUGUGGAUCUCAGCAUGUAACAGUACUGUGUAAAGAUCAAAAGAUAUACUCUUGGGGCAAAUGUGCAAAAUAUCAGUAUACUAGUCCUACACUCAUGGCAACAAACGCAGUUGGGAUAGCGUGCAGUAUGCAUGCGUCUUUCUAUUUAACUUCAAAAGGCGAGGUAUUUGGAUCGGGCACAUUGGCAGAAAUUCGUCUUGACAGUAGCAAUCUUAGAUAUCAGUUUGAAGAAGUCAAUCGCGAUAAAAAUCCUGGUGGUGUCAGUGGUUGGGUUCAAACUGGUGUUUGGGUGAAACUCCCUUUCAAAAAUAAGAUCAAGAAAAUAGCUUGCGGGAAACAUCAUUUAGUAGCGCUAGAUAAUGAAGGAGUUGUACACGCUUGGGGAUGUAAUCAAAAUGGACAAUUAGGUGGCCAAGAUUCAACAUACAGUCCCAGGGAACCGAUUAAAGUUUCAAUUAUUAAUGAAAAAAUUAUCGACAUAGCAGCUGAUUCACAAAGUAUUUUAUCCGCAGCAUUGAGUAGAAGGUCUAAAAUAUACGUUUGGGGAGGAUAUAAAGGUGGAACUUUUUCACAGCCUUGUGUAACAUCGUUUCGCUCAUUCCAAGAAGUUUUCACAAAUCUUUCUGAUCCAAACCUGUCACUAGGUUUUAUUACUUUUAAACCGGCAGAGCAAAACAGAUCUCUUAAAACUGGCGCGUUAGAAUCAAUUUUUGACGAAAAAGACGAUAGCGAUCUAAUAAUAAACGUUAGAAAUCAGAAUAUCUAUGUCCAUAAAAUCAUUCUCAAAGCGAGAUCUAAAUAUUUUCAAGCAAUGUUCACCAAUCAAUGGAAAGAAAACGACAAUAACGUACUGAAAGUGGACGAUUACAGUUAUGAAACCUACAGGAAUUUUCUAUUAUAUCUAUACACUGGAGAAAUUGAUAUAACCUCUGAAAAUGUUUUCGAAUUAAUGAGCAUAGCUGACAGAUACGUUGAUGAAGAUUUAUCAGAGAUGAUCGUGAAAAAGAUCGAAACUGGUUCAUUAAACGGAGAAGUAAUCGAUGCUCUUAAAGAAAUAAUGAAAUUGUCAUCACCGAACUAUGAAAAAUUCUGCGAAGGCAUGAAAAAAAUGAUCGUUCCUUCAACUUCGCAACAAGAUGCUUGAAUUUCAUUCUUCAUUUUACUGCCUUUUUUAGUCAUAAUUUUUGUACCAAGAGAAUAAAUUUUUAAAAUAUUUUUACUAA